UCUGCUCGGUAACAGAGGACUACGGUGGCCGGCAGGGCUCAAACCUACCUGCAGCAGUAAUGGAGGGGGUGACGGUGGGUCAGGUGUUCGAUGCAGAGUGCAUCCUCAGCAAACGGCAGAGGAAGGGAAAGUUCGAGUAUCUGGUGAAAUGGAGCGGCUGGUCCUCCAAGCACAACAGUUGGGAGCCCGAAGAGAACAUUCUGGACCCGAGGCUGCUGGCCAUGUUUCACAAGAUGGAACAGGACCGGGAGCUGCUGUUCCAGAAGAAAGGAAAGCGACCCAGAGGACGACCCAGAAAGAUUCUGCCUCCGCCUGCUGCAGCCAGCCGCUCAUCUUCCUCCUCCGGCCUCUCCUCGUCACCCUCCUCUUCCUCAGAGGAGGAGGAGGAGGAGGAAGAGGAGGAUGACGAUGAUGAUGAGGUACACGUGAAGAAGGCCAAGCUCAGUCCCCGUCUUCACCCGGUCCCCCAGAAGAGGCCGCAGAUCCUGCUGGCCAAACCCGACCCGCCUCGGAAGAAGAAGCGAGGGAGGAAGCCGCUGCACCCGGACCUGAAGGCCGCCCGCCCUCCUCUUCCUCGCCACCAUCAGCCAAUCAGGUCGCUCCGGGAGGAGCCACGGUCCGGCGUGAAGAAGCCGCUACAGCCGGCCAGUUUCACCUACACCGGGCUGACCCGGACCUCCAGGGACGAGGGCCCCUCCUCCCCUCAGAGCUCCUUCGCUCAGAGUUCCGCCUCCAAACCCGGCGCUCUGAGCUGCGUCUGGACCGGCCGCUCCUUGUCCUCGUCCUCCCACGGCAGGACCGGUCCGUCCCAGAAGAGCUCAGAGCUGAGGCGCUCCGUCUCAGAGACAGGAAGCAACUUUAGAGGGUCUGCUCUGAAACCGGGCAGCGCCUCGGCCCAGCUCGGCUUCCCGGCGGCGCCGCAGCGCCCCCCGCUGGGUCAGAGGAGGCAGGAUGGAGCGGGAGGUCAGCAGAACUACUCCAAACCGUCCUCCACGUCCUCCCCAACUCCCAGAGACCGGGCCAGCCAGGCGCUGAGCCUCCGGGCCCUCAACCUGCAGAGCGUCAGCGGCGGCCCGGGGGCCAACCCAGGCCUGCGGGGCUCCGGCCCCGGGAAAGGAUCAGCUGGAGGGCAGCGGUCCGCUCUGAUGGUCGGGGGCGCGGCAGAACCCGGGCGACGCAGGGAGGUGGGCAAACGUGGACCGAGCUCUCAGAGCCGCAGCCUGAAUGAGCUCAGCACCGGAGACUCUGAUGAGACCAGCAGCAGCGAGUCGGAACACGCCAGCGCCACCGCCGCCGCCGUGUUCCACGACAGCGGCAGGCCCAGCCUCGGCACCAGCGCCGCCGACUCGGACACGGAGACGGACUGGAGGCCGGCCCGGAGCCUCCUGGAGCACGUCUUCGUCACCGACGUCACGGCCAACUUCAUCACGGUGACCGUGAAGGAGUCUCCCACCAGCGUGGGCUUCUUCAGCUCGCGGAACCACUGAACCCGGACCAACCAGACCUCCUGAGCCCACUCAGGAAACCAGACUGACAGGACUUCCUGCGGCUGUGCAGGAACCAGGACUGGAGCAUCUGGAGCCGGUCCCGGUUCCUGCAGCACCAAUAGACUCGCCCGUGAAGAACACACCACAGCAACAGAACCGACACACUCGGGGUCAAAGGUCGGAUUCAUCAACAAAUCAGAGUUUGUUUCAGAGGAACAAACAUGAUCAGACCUGUUGGAGGCGGAGCCAGAGUAGAUGUUUUCUGAUUGGAUCAUUUUAACAGUAAGUCCUGAUAAUCAUAAAUACACAUCAGAACCUUCUAUUGAACAUUUUAGAGAACAGAAAACAUUGUGUCAGUAGCUGCGUUUCCAUCGACCAUGAAAAUACGCAAAUUGGAAUUUCAAAAAUAAAUUUGCUCAAUGGAAGCACGUCAAUUUCGAAAAAAAUUGUUUUUCGACAAAAUGUUUUUGUGCUAGGAUGAGGUG